GGUUCGUUUCUAAGUUACCAGUUCGGUAUCAAAUUCCAUUGCAACAAGGAGCAAGGAAAUCAUUUGUGGUCUCCUCGCCAAAGAGAACAGUCGGUUUACAUGAAAAAUAUGCGUAAUUUCUUUAACAUUGUCUGUCCCCUCAACACAUCAGGACAGAUAGAUAAAACAGUGAAUGAGUGACUUUUCAUGCCAUUUCAAUAAUAUUCCUGAUUAGUGAAUAUUUACUUAGGUCGUAAUGGCGCUCGUAUGUGAUAUCAAAAGCAAUACUUCACAAGAUGAACCGUAUCAAAAAUCGAAAGAAGAGCAAGAUUUAGAAGAUGGUGAAAUUGAGGAUGAUGAAGAAGACACCUCUGCAGUUGCUGUGGAGAUUUCAAAACCGCAUGCAUCAGCACCAGUAGCAGCUAAAAUUCCCAAUGAAAUUCCUAAUGAAAAAGAGAAGAAAAAAGACAAACCUGAAAGGUCUGACAAAAGAAGACACGAAGAAAAAGGAAAGAAGCACAUGACUGAAGCAGAAAGAAGUAUUUUGCAUUUGAGGAAGAAAGAAGAAUUGCAGCGAAAAAAAUGGGAAAAAUUCAGGCCAAAGGAACCAGUAGUAGAUCCUCUAGACGAUGACUUUGCCAAAAACAUUGAAAAAACUCUUGCAACUAUUUUGAGUAAGAAGGAAAAAGAGGCAGCCGCUUUAGCUAGUGGAGAGGAAAAAGAAAAGGACAAGAUUGACGAUAAAAGGGGGAAAAAGAGAAAGAAGAAUGAAAAAGAUCGAAAAAGCAAACAAAGAAGAAUAGAAUCUCCAAGAUCUGAAAUUGAUGAAAAUGAAAUGAUCAACAUGAGAGGAGGAAGUCCAGAUAGAAAAUUUGAAGAGAAUAGGGAACCAAUGUCAUCCAUGCAUUCAGACGAAAGUUUUGAAUCAGAAUAUUCAUCAGACUCCAACAAGAUUGAAGAUAAAUUAAAGAAACGAGACAGUAGAAAGGGAAGAAAAAUCAAAGAAAGAGAUCGUAGGGAUAGAAUUAAGAAUAAGGAUAAAGAACGUGAUAGAAGCAAAGAACAACAACCCUUGAAAGAUUCACAAGGCGUUUGUGUUUUUUAUUUGCAAGGAAAAUGUCAAAAAGAUGAUUGUCCCUAUUCCCAUGAGGCUGUUCCACCAAUGAAAUUAGAACUCUGCAAAUUCUAUCUGAUGGAUUGUUGCGCAAAAGGUGACAAAUGUUCAUAUAUGCAUUCUGAAUUUCCUUGUAAAUUUUACCAUACAGGUUUAAAGUGUGCACAAGGAGAUGACUGUAAAUUCGCCCAUGGCAAACCUCUCUCUGAUGGUCUGAAACAGAUUCUGUUCAAGCACAUCGAAACUGCUCCUCGAGACAUUCUAGGCGGUUUUCCCAGAAUGAGUAGAGAAGAAGCCUUGAACAUGAUUAAUGCAACACAGAAAGAACUUCAAGAGCAACAUGGUGCUGACAAUAAGCAGGACGCUAAAGGUGGGAUACCGUCCUUGUUUGAUAUUAGUGUACCUGUACCCCCUGAGUUAUUACAAGGAAGUGAUGAUCUGAAAGGUAAGGCUGAUAAACCAAGUCGGAAUCGUCCUUCAAGAUGGCAAGAUCCAGAUCCAAUGGCUGGUAGUAAAGAUUUUCCCCUCAAGACAUUCAGUUACGGCCAAGACCAGGAUAUGAGAAUUAAUAGUAAUGGUGAUGUCGACAUGCGUACAUUACCUCCUUCAAUGUCGAAUGUUACUCCUGCAAAGACUUCAUCGCCCCAGAACAGGGAGAUAGAUCUUGAAAGGUACAAACGUGAAGCUGGGCUUCUUAGCAACUCUCCCAAACAAGACAUAGAUAUUCGCACCUCAAACUUACUACCCUACCCAGUGACUCAAGACACAGAUAUAAGACUGCAACCUAUUAUGGCAUCUAAAGACAUUGAUAUUAGACAACUUCCUAAAAUCUUCGAUAAACCAAUUACCACCAAAAAUCUGAUGGAUCAAGACAUGGAAGAUGAGCCAAUGCUUCAGAUAGAUACCGGGGAAGAUAAAUUACGAGACGAACCUGACAGUUUACCGGCUGAUCUACCUAAAACACACCGCAAUUUAUUUUUAAGGAUACAAGCACAACAAAAGGAAAAUGUUGUGGAGACUGCUGGAAAAGAAGUAUUUGAGCUGGAAGAAAAUAUAAACUGGUAUUCAGAUGAUGACGAUGACGAUGAUAAUAGGCUAACUAUAAAAGUUGACAAUGAAGAUUAUAAAGAUAAGGAUGACAUUCAGGACAAAAUCAGUACUGGCAAUCAGUUGAUGUCUCCUCCUCAAAUCAAACCACAGGAUGUUGUGGAAAAACUGGGGGAUCUCUCGAAAAUUGAUAUUUCAGCUGAGGUAACAAAGCUUUUAACGUCAAUGAGUCAAGGUCGUAACCAAUUCCCAUUUAUCAAACAAGUGACUGAAACCGAGUUGCCUGCUGUUGCUGAUGUAAUGCCACCAGCCGUUGAUACCCCACAAGUUGCGACUGGUGAUCAAAAAUCUAUACGACAGGAUCCAAGAAUGUCCCUGGAAAAAUCAGAUUCUCAAAGGACAGACCGAAAGGUUUCAACUCCAGACCCCAGGCAAAAAAGUAAACAAAGUUCAACUGAAACAAAGGCAAAACCUGAGAAGCUUAGUAUUUAUGAGCAAGGCAGUAUCAAUCGAAAUGCUUCUACUUCUGAGGAGGUUACUGACUUUAGAGGUAUGCGAUCAGAUGUGGAUUUGAGAAACUUACAACUUCCAUUCAAAGGCAUGCAAAACUAUACACCAGCGUCUGAAAUUGAUGCUAGUAUUAAUUCUCAUCCACCAAUGGCUUGGAAGGUUACUCUGGUGGAAAUACCACGUCCCGAUUACAACGGUUUGAAAUUGAGCAUAAAUGAUGCUGAAAAGACUGGCGAUCCAAGAUUAAGAAAAAUUUUUCGACUAAGCACAGAAGAGAGAGACACCCCUCUAAGUCCGAAAGCUAGUCCCAAAGCCAGUUCAUCUGGAAGAGUCGACCCAAGGUUGAGAAAAGUUGAGGAGACAAAGGUUGAACCAGCCCAGGGUCCUUUGAGCUACACACAACAAAUGAACAUGUUACGAAGUUCAGUGUUUUAUCAAAGUUUGACUAGCAAUCAGAAAGUUUUAUUGAACCAAGAGCUAAGUUAUCGAACAGAUGCAAACAAUACUCAUGAUCCGGUUUUGAACAGUUUAUUAGCAAAUCUUGAUAUAAUUCCUGGUCCCAACAUGCCGUCCCACCCUAGUUUGAGUGCAGCACUGUCAAUAUUAUCAAACAAUUCGCCAAAAAUUAAUCCUCUUGUGGGACAAAAUCAACCUCUAGUGGGUCAAAUGGUGCAGAGUAUAACUCAACCGGGACUACUAGGUGCUGCGCCUGGAAUACCUAAUCUUCCUUCAGAUUUCCAAAUAAACUUUAAUCCAAGAAAUGGUGGUUUAUUAGGAAAUGCUCCUAUGCCAUUUGGAGGAUUCCCACCACAAGAUGGACCCAGUAAUUUUCCCUUUAACGAUGACUUUUAUCCCCCAGACAAUGGAGGAAAUUUCCAAGGAGGUAAUAGAGAAAGGGGUUUUAAUAGAGAGAGACGGAGGGGUAGGAAUAACUUUCAUAACAGAAAUAGUGGUAAUAGGAACUUUAGAAAUAGGAAUAAUAGAACAAAUAGAACUCAUUCGCCACCUUAGGAAGGUGUUCCGUGUUUAGGUCUUUAAGAAUUUUUCUCUGUAAAUAGAUAACUCAAGUUGUGCCAAUGUUUAUAAUGCUGUUGUAAUUUAUAUUUUGUACUGGGGUGCUUCGAUUUUCUGUUUGAAAGAUUUGUCAAAAAGUGAACCAUUGUUUGGUUUAUUUAUAUUUCGAAUUUUAAGACUGAAUGUGAGACAUCGCUGUCAUUCAUAACGGUGAUGAAUAAAGAACAUUUUUAUCAUUCAGAUGUGAACAUUUAUUAAGCUGGGGUUUAUAUUUAUUUGAAAAUCGAACAAAGAAAAUUUACCUAAAUUAGCCGCCCUGUAUAUAAAGCUGAGAAAAUUUCAUUCCUGGAUUAUGGCAUAUUUAAUUUUAAAUGUCGUUGUAAAUACUGUACUUCAAUUUCUUUCUAUUUGCUAUUUUUUUUCCUUGAAAAUAUUUAUUUUUGUUAUAUAUAUUUUAGAAUAUACUGUCUGGGAACAAUUUCUGACGGUACAGUUGUAUAUCAUGUACAAAAUAAAUGAAACUUUUUGAAUGUAA